GAAAGUGAAACUCACACAGUCACUGUGAGUGGGAGUAGAAAUGGCGCAGCAAGCUGUUCAGCUGGACCGAGAAACUUUCUCCUGUUCGAUCUGUUUGGAUCUACUGACAGAUCCGGUGACGAUUCCCUGUGGACACAGCUACUGUUUCAAAUGCAUUAAUUGUCACUGGGAUCAAGAGGAUCAGAAAAGAAUCCACAGCUGUCCGCAGUGCAGGAAAACCUUUAUACCAAGGCCUGUCCUGGAGAAAAACACCAUGCUAGCAGCUUUAGUGGAGCAGCUGAAGAAGACUGGACUCCAAGCUGCUCCUGCUGAUCACCGCUACACAGUACAUGAAGAUGUGGCCUGUGAUUUCUGCACUGGAAGAAAACUGAAAGCCAUCAAGUCCUGUUUAUUCUGUCUGGCCUCUUACUGUGAGAAACACCUUCAGCCUCAUUAUGAUGUGGCUCCUUUAAAGAAACACAAGCUGGUGGAGCCGUCCAAGAACCUCCAGGAGAACAUCUGCUCUAAGCAUGGUGAGGUGAUGAAGAUGUUCUGCCGCACUGAUCAGAAGUGUGUCUGUUAUCUCUGCUCUGUGGAUGAACAUAAAGGCCAUGACACAGUGUCAGCUGCAGCAGAAAGGACUGAGAGGCAGAGAGAGCUGGAGGAGAGACGAGGAAACAUCCAGCAGGAAAUCCAGGACAGAGAGAAAGAUGUGAAAGAGCAAAAAGAGAAAGUUGUGUACAUGAAUCGCUCUGCUGAUAAAUCAGUUGAAGUGUGUGAGAAGAUCUUUAUUGAUCUGAUACAUCUGAUCCAGAGAAAAAGCUCUGAUGUUAAGAAUUACAUCAGGUCAAAGCAGGAAACUGAAGUUCGUGAAGCUGAAGAUGAACAGAAGAAUCUGGAGCAGAAGAUCACUGAGCUGAAGAGGAAAGACGCUGAACUGGAGCAGCUCCUAGACACAGAGGACAACAUCCAGUUUCUGAAUAAUUACAUCCCAGAACCAAGACACACCUUCAAUUCUCUCCGAACUAAAUUUUUGAAUUUUUUUAAGAACAGAAGAAUUUCUUCUUUUCACAAAAUAUGGCUCCUCAAUGAUGUAAAAGCAGCCGUCUCAGAGGCUGAAAGUACAGUUGAGCAAAUUGUGAAUAACAAAUGGAUGGAGAUUUCCCUGAAGGAGAUUAAUUCAGAGGCUUCAUCAUCAACUCCCACAGAGGGGCUGGUGGACAGAAAUGAACUCUUGAAGUAUUCACAGGAGCUAACACUGGACUCAAAGACAGCAAACAGAUAUUUGUCUGUCACAAGAAAAAGAGCAGUAAAGAAGGACACAGAACAAUUUGAAGACGACUCUGAACGGUUUGAUAGAAGCUUCCAAGUGUUGAGUAAAGGCUCUCUGAGUCGAUGUUCUUACUGGGAGGUGAAGAGCUCUGGUAGAUUCACAGUGGCUGUUGCAUACAAGGAUAUCAGUGAAACAGGCCGAACAAAUGUAUGCACAUUUGGGAAAAAUGAAAACUCCUGGGCUCUGGAGUGCUGCCGACUCAUGUAUGUAUUCAGACACAACAAAACUCUGACUCUGAUCUCGGCUCCUUAUUCAGCUACAAUAGGCGUGUUCCUGGAUCACAGAGCAGGUAUUCUGUCCUUCUACAGCGUCUCUAAAACCAUGACUCUGAUCCACACAGUCCACACCAGAUUCACUCAGCCGCUGCUGGCUGGGAUACGACUGUAUGAAACUGGAGACUCUGCUGAAUUCUGUGAACUCAGACAGGUCAGAAAGUUUCCUGUGUUUUAAUGUGAGAGAAAGAAAAGCCUGAUAUCUGCAGGGAAAUGAUAUUCUACUGUGCAGCAGCUCAGAGAAGCAAAGGGCAAAGUUCUCUACAUUCGUAUCAGAGGGAUUCAUAUUUUUUAAUAAAUGUGAUUCAGUUAACAGAGACGUUCAUUAAAUUGUUGAUGAUAUUACCAAGGAUUACAACCUCCACUGAUCAGUCACUCAGUUUAGUUUUUAAUUAAAACAAAAUGACAGAGGCUGAGCUAAAUAUGUAUCUGUUGUAUAUAUUUUUUUAUUUUAUUUCAAUAUUGUAACAUCAGUUCUUCUUCUCUCCAUAAAAGCAGUCUGUGUUCCUACAGAUAUUUGUUUGAAGUUGUUUUAUUGUCAGCUGGAACAAUGAAUUAACAAAGUUUCCUUUAUAUGGUUUCCAGGAUCUCCGAGUAAUUUUAUGCUUUGCUACAUGAGUAAAUUCAAUCAAAGCCCAGUUACUCGAUUACAUUUCUUUCUACUUUAGGUUCAGUGUGGUUCUUUAACAACGUAAGAAAAUAAUGAUCUGAUUUUUUUGUUCAGUUCAAAACAAAAUUUAGAUUUUGUCAGAUUUACAUUUAAAAUGAUUUUCAAACAAGGACAUCUAUUAAUCUAUCAUGAAUACAAGGAUCAUCGAUUUUGAACAAAAUGAAUCCAGUCAGACGAAACAUGUUGGUCUGAUUGUAAUUAAACCUCAAUCUCUAAGAGGUAUGAAUACUUAUGAGCCUUCCUGUUGUGCUGAGAUGUUUGUCAAUAUCUGACUUAACGCUGACUGGGUUCAACAUGAGUUUUAACAUUAUAUUUUGAGUAAUUGUUGUAAAUUAAUUCAUCAAUGUUAAUAAAAAUGUUUAAUUUCUUAACAUGGAUGUUAUUCUGUGAAUUCAGGAAACUGAGGCGAUGAUGGCAUUUACAUGAACUUGUAUUCUUGUUACUUAAAUCAGGUUGAUUUUCUGUUUAGUUUAAAACCAAUGGACCCGUUUCAGUCAAAUUAAUCAUUUUGUAACAUACAAUCUCAUAACUGUAAGGAUUUAGGUUUCUGUGUUUGUUUUCUAGUCUAUUUAGUUCCUGUGUCAUCCUGUCUAUCCCUGGAUUGAUCCCAGCUGGGCCCUGUUUCCUCGUCGGGUCCUUGUCUAUUGUCAGAUGUCUGGAAGUCAUAUUUUUGUGUCUUUAUCUUUCGUUCGUAACCAGUUACUACCAGUGAUUGAGCUCUUAGCCUUUUGCUUGCCUGUGCUGCCUGGACUUAUCUGUACUUUUCUUGUCUAACUUCACCGCCUCACAACCAACUCAUGACAAUAACUGUUUUCUUCUGUUCUUUAUAUACCAGUUCUCUGAAUAUCUCCAUGAUAAUGUUGUAAUUUGCAUAAAUGUGAAUCAAAAUAAAGUGUGAACAUAGAAGUUGUCUAGAAAAAUAUAAUCUGUAAUUCUUUGA